UUGAAUAUCCAGAGUAUCAUAAUGUAUUUCAACAGUAGCCACCCAAGUCAAUCUUAUCUCAAUUAGUUGAUUUAUUUAUAUAUUAUAGUACUCUCUUUAUUUCAGUUUAUGUGAUAUAUUUCUUACUCGAAUACGUUUCUCGACAAAUAUUUUUUAAAAUCUUGAAUUAUUAGUUUCUAAAUAUGUAAUUUUUAUUUUAAAUAAUUUCAAAAUUCUAUGUGCGAAUUUACAUUAAAAUUAUUAACUUGAUAUCCUACUCCGAACUUAGUGUAAAACAAAGGAAGUAUAAUAAAGUCCAUAGCUUUGUUGCUCUGUUAGUGCAUCUGGCAGCUAGAGAGAGAUGGGGAAAGAUGGAUGUAGAAGAGAAGAAAGUAAUUUGAAUCUUCCAUUGUUUGAGUCAAAGGCAGCGAGAGGAAGGAAUAUGUACAAGUUAUUUGCUUCAACAGUGUUUGUGGGUAUAUGGUUGAUAUGGAUAUACAGAUUGAUUAAUAUGCCAAGAAGAGGUGAAUCUGGGAGAUGGGCAUGGAUUGGAAUGUUGUUAUCUGAGCUUGUCUUUGGUUUCUACUGGAUUAUCACUCAGUCUGCUCGUCUCGAUGUUAUAUAUCGUUUUCCUUUCAAGAACAGACUCUCCCUCAGAUACGAGGAGAAGUUGCCAGCAGUGGACAUAUUCGUUUGCACAGCAGAUCCUAUAAUGGAGCCUCCAACGAUGGUGAUUAACACAAUCUUGUCAGUGAUGUCAUAUAAUUAUCCUCCACAAAAGUUGAGUGUUUACCUUUCAGAUGAUGGGGGUUCAGAAUAUACGUUUUAUGCUCUCCUUGAGGCCUCUCAAUUCUCAAAAUAUUGGAUUCCUUUCUGCAAGAAAUUCAAUGUGGAGCCCAGGUCCCCUGCUGCCUAUUUUAAAGAUUUCUGCAGUUUAGAUGAUAAAGCUUUUGCACAAGAAUGGUUCAAUACCAAGAAAUUAUAUGAAGACAUGAAAACCAGGAUUGAGGCUGCGAUAGAAAGUGGAAACAUCCCCAGUGAAAUUAAGACUCAGCACAAAGGGUUCUCGGAAUGGAACUCAAAAGUCACAAAGCAUGAUCAUCACUCUAUUGUUCAGAUUCUAAUAGAUGGAAGGAACCAUAACAUGGCUGACGUGGAUGGAAAUCGAUUGCCAACACUUGUCUAUAUGUCACGAGAGAAAAAACCAAAGUGGCCACAUAACUUCAAGGCCGGAUCAAUGAACUCAUUGAUAAGAGUUUCGUCACAAAUAAGCAAUGCGCCCAUCAUCCUUAACUUGGAUUGCGACAUGUACUCAAACGAUCCAGAUGCAAUAAGAGAAUCACUGUGCUUCUUCAUGGACGAAAAGAAAGGGCACGAGAUAGCCUACGUUCAGUAUCCUCAGCGUUAUAAUAAUGCAACCAAAAAUGAUAUUUAUGGAAAUGUGGCUCGAGUGACUCAUGAGAUUGAACUAGCUGGAUUAGGAGGUUAUGGAGCAGCUCUGUAUUGUGGCACAGGGUGUUUUCACAGAAGGGAAAGUCUCUGUGGCAGAAAAGUCUCUGAGGACUAUAGUGUUGAAUGGAAUAAUAAGGAACAAAAAUUCACCUAUAAAACUGUGGAAGAAUUAGAGGAAGCAUCAAAAGUUGUUGCAAACUGUAGCUAUGAAGAGGGAACUCAAUGGGGAAAACAGAUGGGGCUGAUGUAUGGGUGUCCUGUGGAAGAUAUAAUCACAGGAUUAACAAUCCAAUGCAGAGGAUGGAAAUCAGUGUACUAUAAUCCCAGUAAACCUGCCUUUUUGGGUGUAGCUCCAACAAUCUUAGACGUUGCUCUUGUUCAGCAUAAGAGAUGGUCAGAAGGCUUGUUCCAAAUUUUCAUAUCCAAAUACUGCCCCUUCAUAUAUGGCCAUGGAAAUAUCAAAUUGGCUGCCCAAAUGGGAUAUUGUAUUUACCUUCUUUGGGCUCCUGUUUCUGUUCCUACGCUGUUUUAUGUGUCAGUUCCUUCUCUGUGUCUGCUUCAUGGCGUCUCUCUAUUCCCAGAGGUGUCAAGCCUAUGGUUGUUGCCUUUUGCAUAUGUGCUUUUCACCUUGAAGUUUGUGUAUUCCUUGGCUGAAGCCAUGAGCUGCGGUGAUACACCCAAGUCCUGGUGGAACUUACAAAGAAUGUGGAUGAUUCGAAGGACAACUGCGUACUUCUUCGCAUUCAUAGAUUCAGUGAUUAAGCAAUUAGGCCUGUCUCAGACAGCAUUUGCGCUCACAACAAAGGUAGUAGACGACGAUGUCCAGAGGAGAUACGAGCAAGAGAUCAUGGAAUUUGGCAGCUCAUCUGCCAUGUUCACUAUCACAGCAACACUUGCUUUGCUUAACCUGAUUAGUUUCACUUGGGGAAUCAAGAAACUUGCAUUAGAUGGAGUGGUAAAUACUGUGCCACAAGUUAUUCUAUGUGUAUUAAUGGUUCUUGUGAAUGUACCAGUGUAUGAAGCACUGUUUUUCCGCAGCGACAAGGGAAGCUUCCCGUCCUCUGUUUUGUUCGGAUUGCAUAUAAAAUUUCGGUUUGGAUUUUUACUCCCCACCUUGCUCUUGGGCUUCAAUGGGGCAUUUGGGAUUAGAUUCGUAAUUGAGAAAGAAGAAUGCUUUUCACAUAAGGUUGAAAUGGGGGAGACAGUUCAUUAUUCCUUUGUUGUCAUUAAGUCCGAUGGCUCUUGGCAUUACAGUGAAGAAGAGGGUGUUGAUCUUGUGGUGAAGGGGCCUUCAGGAGAACAGAUUCAUGAUCUUCGUGACAAAAUAAGCGAGAAGUCCGAGUUUGUAGCUCAUCAUGAAGGAAUUUACCGUUUCUGUUUCACUAACAAGUCACCCUAUCAUGAAACCGUUGACUUUGAUCUACAUGCUGCUCACUUUGUAUACCAUGAUGAGCAUGCAAAAGAUGAGCAUUUCAAGCCUUUGUUUGAGCAUAUCGGAAAGCUAGAAGAAGCUUUGUACAACAUUCAGUUUGAGCAGCACUGGCUAGAGGCCCAGACAGACCGUCAGGCAAUAGUGAAUGAAGGAAUGAGCAAAAGAGCCGUCUACAAAGCUCUGUUCGAGUCUUCAGCUCUUAUUUGUGUUAGUUUUCUGCAAGUAUUCCUCCUCAAGAAUUUGUUUGAAAGAAAGCUGGGGCAGUCCAGAGUUUAGCUUUUGGCACAGGGAUGAUAAUAUUCUUCUGCCAAACCCUGUAAACUUUAGAUGUAUUAACUUUUUGUGCCUUUUUCUGAAGGCAGAUCCCACAGAAACUAGAAUCACAGAUGUUUUAUUCAUAAAUUAUGUUAUUUCAAUACAUUCUUUCAGGAUUUAGUGAGAUUUUUCUAAUCUGUUUGCUUGCAA